UUCAUCUGAGUGGGGUUAAGCCUCCCAGCAUAACUAGUUGCAGAGGCUUCACCGCAUUGACACUGUUGUUGCAUGAGAGAAACAAAAACAUGCGAACUAUGUAAUGAACCACACUUGUUUCUCGAUUUGUUUCUGGUUUCUAUGUCACUUAAAAUUUGUAAUUGCACAACAUUCUGUGGCUGAUUAUAGAGUAAAAGGAUUUCUAUAAAGACGGACUUUCUCUGGGCAUCAAAUACCAUGUUCUCUGCUUUUGCCACCUUUAAUCGCCAAUGCCGGUGACCAGAGAUACUGUUGUUUAACUUAUGCCUGCGUUUUAUCUUCUGGGAAUAGUAAAGAAAAAGUUCUGCAAACAGAUUAAAGAUGGUCCCAAUUGGUCAUGCUUCCGAUGACAAGCAGAAAAAACGAGACUCAGGAGAAAUCGUUUUGGAGGAGAAAAGUGUGGUAACUCUAAGAGAACUCUUGGAAGAAGGCAUUAGUGACACUGAGAAAUCUUAUCAACCACCUGAAUUAGCUGGUGGUAAUCCAAGCUCAACGACUGAGUUUCACCGGAGGAAGUUACUCAGACCAUGCAGAAUGAGAUCAAUUGAGCGCCUACCAUCUUUUCCUCCAAGUUGUUUGUCAAAACUAACAAAGCCUAAAAGCAAAGGCAUUGGGAAAAACACUAUUCGAUGUAAUCCACACAGUUCCAGAACUUUGGUGAAUUUCAGUCUUUCUGACCUGAGAAAUGCAACCAACAAUUUUAGCAAUGAGAAUAUAAUUGGAAGAGGUGGCUAUGCUUAUGUUUACAAGGGCAGCCUGCAAGAUGGGCAACUAAUAGCAGUUAAGCAACUGAGUAGAGGGACUCCAGAAGACAGGAUAUCAGUUCUUCUAUCUGAGCUAGGAAUUCUUUCUCAUGUUGAACACCCCAAUACUGCCAUGCUUAUUGGGUUUGGAGUUGAAGGGGGAAUGUACCUUGUUUUUCAAUUAUCUCCUAUGGGAAAUUUAGGAUCUCUUCUUCAUGGUCCUAAUAAAAAUACCUUGGAUUGGAGCAAAAGGUAUAAAAUUAUUUUGGGGAUAGCAGAUGGCCUCCUCUAUCUUCAUGAGAUUUGUCAAAGGCGAAUCAUUCAUAGAGAUCUUAAAUCAGAUAACAUUCUGCUCACUGAGAAUUUUGAGCCGCAGAUUUGUGAUUUUGGGCUCUCAAAAUGGCUACCAGAACCCUGCAGUCAUCAUAUUGUACCAAAAUUUGAAGGCACAGUUGGGUAUUUUGCUCCUGAGUAUGUGAUGCAUGGCAUAGUAAACGAAAAAACUGAUAUUUAUUCCUUUGGGGUCUUACUUUUUGAGAUUAUAACUGGGCGUCGUGCUUUGGAUCAUCUGAAAGAAAGUAUUAUGCUAUGGGCAAAGCCUUUAUUGGAAGCUAAUAAUAUUAAGGACCUUGUUGAUCCUUCUCUGGGUGAUGAUUAUGACUGGGAACAAAUGGAACGUGUAGUUUUGACUGCAUCACUGUGUGUUGAGCAGUUUCCUAUCUUACGCCCCAGAAUGAGUCAGAUUGCAAUACUGCUAAGAGGUGAUGACUAUGUCAUGGAACAUACUGAGAGGAGUAACAAGAUGUACAAGAAUACAACUCAAGGAGCUAUUUAAGUGUUGUCAGUUGGCAUAAUCAGGAUGCGCUUAAUUGGUUGGAUCCACACUUGCCAGCUUUAUUAUAUUCAAUGGCAAGAAUGACCAUUUCGCAGGAAUACUCCCCUCUGGUUCUGGCUUGAAAUCUUUGGCCCCGCUGCUCCCAAACAAAUAUGGGGUCCAGGUUCAGCAAAUGCAAAGGAAGGUGAAGGAGGGAUAUCAGGGAAGAAAUAAAUAGAGGGGAAGUCGUGUCCUCUCUGCUAUCUAUCUUUUCCCCAAUCUAAUUUAUCUCUAUCUCUUUCCCCGUUCGUUUCCGAUUAUCAUGGCUGAAAACGUGGUGGCCAAUAGGAAGCGUUGUGACACCAACGAUGUAGUUUCGGACGGCGGUGCCAAGAGGAAGAACGCGACACGCGACAUGGGUUAGGCCACUGCAUUGGCCCUCACGCGUCACGAGUUUGGGGAGCACGGCGGCGUCAACCUGUCCAUCGAGGCCUCCGCCGCGUUCACAGACAUGGAACCGGAAAUCCUUCGCCGAAAUCUUCGACUAAAACUACUUUUCCCCAAUUGAAAAAAAAAAUCUCCCUUAUUCAAUUUUCGCUAUUCAAGGCUUAAUCAUCUCCCUUAAUGUUAGGAUUUUCUUUCCUUUUUUUAUUUUUUUAAAUUUAUUUUUAUACUUCCUUUCAAUUUUCAUUGUCGGGUUUGCAAAAGUUGUACAGUUAGGGUUGGGGAUGUGUUUCAAGGAAAGAGCAGAUUUUGAAUCUGGGU